UAUGUUUUAAUCUGUGUUUUUUCAUUUUUUACUGUGUUGUAUAUCAAGUUUUACAAAACCGUAACAUUAACUGUAGUUUGUUUGAAUUUAGAAUUAAUACAAAAUUAUUAUUUUAACUCAUUUUGCAUAAAGGGACAGAAGAAGACACAAUAUGAAGAAUGUGAAGAGGAAAAGAAAAAACACAACGAAAAUAUCCAGACAUUAAAGCAAGAAAUUAAAAAAAUGUAUGAAAAUAAAAAACAAAAAAUUACAUGCGCUGAAGCUCUUCCUGAUACAUUUUUAAAAAGUCAUAACAAUAUGGUAGUUUAAAAAAAAAAAAAAUAUCAUGAAGCGUUGGAUAUUUUGGAUUUGAAGUUGAUUGAUGUGAAGAAAAAAACUGAUCUAAUUAGACAUGAUAUUAAUCAGAAAAGAUCCAAGUUGAAUGAUUUAUUUGAAAAAUGGAGUGACUUACGGUCAAAGAUCAGCUCUGCAAUGAGCAGGGAUUUGAAUACCGCUAAAUCUUUGUCAGUGCUAGAAAAUCGAUCUCAUCAAGUCGAUAUGAGCAGAAUGAAAGCUUCGCAUGUGACACGCAAGUAUAGAUCAAUAAAAAAACAAUUGCUGGAUGAUUCUGUUUUGUUUGAUUCAAUUUUAGAUAAGUUAGAAAAAUCUAUAGCAAAUCAACAAAAAGAAAUACAUAGGCUCGAAAAAAUCAAUGAGGAAGCUGUUCAAGCAAGAGACAAAACUAGAAAUACAUUACAAAAGAAAGAAAUAAAUGCAACCAACAUCGCAAAGUUCCGUAUGCGACAAGUCGAACAAAUAAGGGCUAAAGUAGAAGAGAGGAAAUUAGAGUUAGAAAGAUUAGAAAGAAAAAUUUUCCCUCCUGGUCAAAAAUUAUCUCGUCAUGAUUCAAUUCAUAGUUCUUGCGAUGAACAACGUUUGGUUGGUAAUGAAUCAUCAGAUAAUCAAGAAGUAUCAGAUUCUACCUAUAUAAGAUUAAAACAAAUUACUGGUUCAAUCGAUUUUGAAGAUAUAAGGAAAAAAUUUGGAUCUCAGAAGGAAACUAAAGAACGACUUUCUGCUUUAAAAUUUAAUACAGAAAAGGAAAAACAAUCUCUUCAAAUAAAAUAUCAGAAACUUAGUGAAGAGUUUGAACAAUGUAGAUUCUCAAAUGCUCAAGAAAAAGAACAGUAA